AUGUCAGAACGGGAAGAAUCUUACAAAUCUGAGCGGCGGAAAAGAGAUAGCAAUGACCGCAAGACUAUUGGCAGUGUUAUGGAUAAGAAAACACGACUGAUCAUUGAUAAGCUGCUUGUUCAGGGCGUGCUCAAAGAGGUUUAUGGGGUAGUUAGUGUUGGGAAAGAAGCAUCGAUUUAUUUGGGGGUGGCUUCACCAACUAUCUAUAGCCGUAUGUGUCUUCAGCAAGACUGGCCGACCGAGGACAUUUCUGUGGUCUUAAAGAUAUACAAAACAUCAACUAUGGUCUUCAAGGACCGCGAAAGAUACAUUAUUGGGGAGAGGCGGUUCCGCAGAUAUUCUAAGGGAAACUCUCGUAAACUAGUUAAACUCUGGGCUGAAAAAGAGGUCCGCAACUUGAACAGACUGCAAAAGAAGGGAAUUCCUUCGCCAAAACCCCUUUUCUUGCGUCGUAACAUCUUAAUUAUGACGAUGAUUGGUGAAGAUCCUAAUCCGACUCUCUUAUCCCAAUCAUCCAACCCUAAUCUCUCGACCACUAACUCCGAGGACGACCAAGCCAUGUCCCAAGAUCAAAUUGAUGAGAAUAGCCUUGCGAGCGAUGUAAUGAGUGGUGAUAGUGAUAGUAGUGAUAGUAGUAAUGACGAAAGUGAUGAUAGUGGUGAUGAUAGUGAUGAUAAUAGUGAUAGUAGUGAGGGUAGUGAUGACGAAAGUGGUGAUAGUGAUGACGAAAGUGAUGAUAGCACCUCUGCGGCAUGGCAAACGGUCUCAGCUGGUGGAAUGGGUGGAAUAGCUCCUAACUUGAAAGAUGCUCGACUACAUGGAGAACAGCUGCAGGAUGCCUACAACCAAGUGGUUAGCCUCCUCUGCCGACUAUACAAUGACUGCGGUCUAGUGCAUGCCGAUCUUUCUGAAUACAACAUGCUCUAUUGGCACAGCACGGUCUACCUAAUUGACGUCAGCCAGAGUGUUGAAUGGGACCAUCCCAAUGCUAGAGAAUUCUUGGAAAUGGACAUCAAUAAUGUGAAUGCUUUCUUUACUAAAGAAGGUGCUAACACUCUGCCUUUUGACGAGCUAUUGAACACCAUUCUUAAUGCUCCCACCACUAAUCGAUCCUCGCCAUCAUCUAGCUCCGAAGAAGAGAAUGUUUCAAAUGACUCAAUCACAUCUUCAUCUUCACCGGCCAGUUCUAUCCAAAACAACAGCCCAGAAACCUCACAAGAUCGCAAGGCCCGCAAGAAAGAGGCCAAGGAAGCCCAACGCGAGAAGCGACGCCAGAAGAUCAGCAAGAAGGAUAAAAAGAAACUAAGCCGCAAGAUAAGAAUUGCCAAAAGUCAUAAAUAG